AUGAGGUGCAUCAGCUUCUCGCAGGCAUGGUCUGUCUGGGAGAUAUUGAUUGUCUUUGCACUGUGCUUCCAAUCCUGCAAUGCUGAAUCGCUGGCCGAUCCUGUCGCACCUGGUAGCCUACCGCCACUGGAUGAUUCUACCGCGAUGGAUAAACACAUUGCAUACAACAACGAUACAUUGAAGGUGCUCUAUAGUCGUGACGGUGAGGAUCACGAGUGGGAAACUGAAUUCGGAACGUUUCAACCUACCAUCAUGCGGGAUGAGCAUACACAUGUGAAUCAAGAGACAGGGCUAUACGAGGGCAACAACAAUCCAAACGACAAUUACGGACAUGCCACUGGCUGGGACCGUAACAGAAGGGGCGUUAAAUUCCGAUGUGGAUGUAGCAGGGUGAGGGUGAAAGUGAUGGAAACAGCAUGGCUUAAUAUCGUCAUGAUGUUGGAUCACAUGGGACCUGUCUUGCAACGUCUUCGACAACACCUUACACUUGUUAAUCCGGCGGUUCAAUUGUCACCUUUAGAUCACUCUAGAACGAAUCUGUUCUGGAUUUUGUAUGGUCGUGACCAACCUAAUCAAAUCAUUGAUCAAAUUGAAGGUCACUGGCCCAGUACCCUAAACGGGACGUCACUGACCAGGUUCAUUUAG